GUGGCCACACCUCCUGCACUUAAAGGCACAUGCGACAGAGGCAUGCGCUGUGUGGAGCACUUUAUGGCAGCCACGCGAAGGCGCGAGGCCAGCGGCCGAUGCUUCGUGGGGCGGGGUCUGCGUCCACGUCUUUGGAGGCUGGCUGUUAUUCCCUUGGUGCUCCCACCGUUCGGCGAUCAUGGCGACGGUGGCAGCAUUGUGGCGGAGAGCGAGGGACUACAUGAAGACCAAGGAGUUCCGGGAAUACCUGACCAGCGUGCACUUCUGGGGUCCUGUGGCCAACUGGGGCCUGCCGCUGGCCGCCUUUAAGGAUAUGAGGGCACCGCCCGACAUCAUCAGCGGCCGCAUGACGACGGCGCUCAUCUUCUACUCGAUGGCCUUCAUGCGUUUCGCCUAUCGCGUACAGCCUCGAAACUUGCUGCUGUUGGCGUGCCACACCACCAACGUUAUGGCGCAGAGUGUGCAGGCGGGCCGCUUCGUAAUCCACCACUACGGCGGCACCGCCACCACCACCGCUGCCACCACCACCACCAACGACCCCACCAUGGUUCACACCAGCGACCGUGUGUGUGCUAGCGACUUUGAGGAUGACAACUCCUGCUAGGCAGCCCCCAGCUCCAACCCGUCGUCCUCCAAACCUGGCUGAGCGGGUCCGAUUGAGUUUUUGCAGCUUGCAAGCACCGAACUGUUACUCUUCCUGAAGAAAAGGCCAGUGAAAAGUUUGGUUUUGACUCAAAUAAAACAGUUCGAAUCUGAUUUAAACCUGCAGUUUGGUUAAUAAAAAAAAUAGAA